AUGCCGGCAGCUGCGCAAGAGCAGACUCGACAGAACACUACCACCCACUACCUCAGAAAAGAAAGACUGGAAGCAAGGCUACGCGAGCUGUUCCCUGCUGUGAAGGAUUUUAAAAUUAGGAUGCAGAAUGACGAAUAUUCCUUCAUUGCGCCGAGGCGUGUUGAGGCUAUCGAGCUUCUACCGGCCCGAGUGGUGACCGAGAGUGAUGAGGAGUGA